CUAGUACUAGUGUUGCACCUUCAGCUCGUCUCACUGGUAGAUGCCACCAUUCCCUCCGAACUGCAAUAUCAUUUCACUCUCAGAUCAACCAUGAGCGUGCCACCUUCAAGCGCUCCUCCUAUUCCUCCCACAACCUUUCAAACACCAAAUGGAGCGAAUAGUGCAUCACCCAAAGAUCUUCGGGACUUUCUCAAAUCUUUAAAUGACGACAAUCCGCCGUUAGUGUUGGAUAAACCACUCUGGCUGCGCCUGCUUGCCAGUCUACUGGAGCAAGUCUUUGGUUGCUUUCCUUAUUUCAAGCCAACAAUGUUAGGCACCACCAACGAACGCAUCGAGCUUACAGACGUCACGCUAGAUGUCUUUUCACGUGUCGGAAAAAGGGCUGAUUCACUUGACUGGCUUUAUGCUGAUGAGGAGCAGUUAUCUAAAAAAGUAUUUGUACACCUUUUGGGCCUCUGUACUUCGACAGAAUCAUGGUUAGAAGUUGCCGACGAGGGCGAUUCAAGCGGUGCAUCUAACACGCUAUAUUCCAAAGCUUGCGGAACUCUCGUCGAAUUCUUACAACUUUUGUCAUUUUCAAGUAUUCCAGGAGGAGAUUCAAGUGAUCUGCAAAGGGGAGUCCUGCAGGACAUUUUGUACGAAGCGACAAACUUAUGUACUACAAUAAUCUCUGCUCGACACGAAUCGUGUCCUCUUGACAUUCACUGGUUCUCUACCCCACCGUGUUUAAAGACCACAACUGAGGACUGUUCCAUUCCGUGUCCCAUAGACACCAUAAACGUGAUCAGGCUGCCAUCCCCUUCUCACUUUUCCGUCUUGACCAGCAUCAUCGUCGAAUUAUUUGGCAACCUGUUUUCAACUGCGAGGCUCUCUUAUUUCAUCACGGCUGCUAUGCUCCGUCACGUCUCUGAACUGACUCGUCGUGUAUACGAUUUUUGCUCUGAAUGUCCUACCUCUCCUGCAACAAGAUCCCGAUGCCUGCUUCGAGUAGCAGCUGCUGCUCACACCCUUAUGUCUAGUGACCCAUCUCUUAUUGGAGGACUCUCAGGACUACCUUGUCGUCUUUUAAUUCAACGACUCCAGUGUGGUCCAAAUCCUGCGCAACGAUCAGUCGACCGCAAGUUACAUGAAAUUUUUACUUCCAACACAAAUCUAUCAGUCGAUUAUGUGAAUGAUACUCUGGAACUUUUGCGCUCUGAAACAUGGGAGUCACCUGGGAGUGAGCUUCGGCAAGUUUGAAGGCAGUGCAAUCAUUCCUUCAAAGAAAUCCCUCCUACCCCGAUUUAGAACCGCUGGUUAUCACUGCCGGUAAUCGCGUUCAUAGUCCAAUGAGCCAGACUGCAGACACCAUAGACUCUUCGCAUUGGCGCACAGAAUUGCAGAGGCUCGUUAGUGCGCUCAUUGUGCCUGAUGAACUGCAGUGGAAGAGUAUUGGGCGCAAAGAUACAACAUCCUACAUGCCACGAAUAUUAGAUAAGAUCAAGUCC